AUGUCUUGCCGAACGUGCUUGGUACUGGUGGCUUUGGCCUUGACGGCCUUGACCAGUGCAGAGGACGCAACUGGUCAUUCCCCUGAGCUGACUGAGUUGCCAGAUGAGAGGGGCUUGCCAGACACUCCAGGGCCAUACAAAGAAGCGCCAAGUGACGCUGAUGCCGAAAAGCCUGCGCAUGCCAUGCCAGCUUGGAGGUCCAAGGUUCCUAAUGCCACCCAGGGUAGCCUUGGCAGCUUGGUGUCUUUGAAAGCUUGGCAGGACUUCAGUUCUGCAACGUUCACAAGACAGGUUUCUUCUGCGAUGGCACCACUCGCAUUCGCUGCUGCAAGUUGGAGGAUGGCUAUGCCAAAUGCGGUUCAACUGCAAACUCAGGCACUUGUGCAGCCGAGAAGGCUGACUUAUCCAAGCUGA